UGUAGCUUUCCUCGGUCUACAAACAAAGCAUCUUUCUCUCUCUCUCUCUCUCUCUCUCUCCAGUCUCCUCUGCAAAUAGGAGUGUGUGUGAGUAUAUUCUCUAUAUAAAUCAAAUGUUGAGAAGGAUUUGACUUGGUAGCCUCGAAACCCUAAUCUUCUUUCUCUAUCUGUAUCUCUGGUUGUUUUUGUGGAUCUAUUCGUGAAGCCAAAAGUUAAUCAAUCGCCAUGGAUGAAGAGUAUGACGUGAUAGUGUUGGGCACGGGUCUCAAGGAAUGCAUCCUUAGCGGCCUUCUCUCCGUUGAUGGCCUCAAGGUCCUGCACAUGGACAGGAAUGACUAUUAUGGGGGAGAGUCAACAUCGCUCAAUCUUGUUCAGCUCUGGAAGAGGUUCAGGGGAAGUGAUAAGCCUCCAGCAAAUUUGGGCUCUAGUAGGGAUUAUAAUGUGGACAUGAUCCCUAAGUUUAUGAUGGCAAAUGGCACUCUUGUUCGUGUCCUCAUUCAUACAGAUGUCACUAAAUAUCUGUAUUUCAAAGCUGUUGAUGGCAGCUUCGUCUACAAUAAAGGAAAGAUUCACAAGGUUCCAGCAACAGACAUGGAGGCAGUAAAAUCUCCACUUAUGGGUAUAUUUGAAAAGCGCCGUGCUCGCAAGUUCUUCAUUUAUGUUCAAGAUUACAAUGAAAGUGAUCCCAAAACACACGAGGGCAUGGACUUGACUAGAGUAACAACUAGAGAACUAAUUGCAAAAUAUGGUCUUGAUGAUAAUACCGUGGACUUCAUCGGUCAUGCAUUAGCACUUCACAGAGAUGAUCGCUACCUCAAUGAACCUGCACUAGAUACUGUGAAGAGAAUGAAGCUUUAUUCGGAGUCUCUUGCACGUUUUCAAGGAGGAUCCCCAUACAUAUAUCCUUUGUAUGGGUUGGGAGAGCUCCCCCAGGCAUUUGCACGGCUUAGUGCUGUCUAUGGUGGGACGUAUAUGUUGAACAAACCUGAGUGCAAGGUGGAGUUCAAUGAGGAAGGCAAAGUUGCUGGUGUCACGUCAGAAGGGGAAACUGCUAGGUGCAAAAAAGUUGUCUGUGAUCCUUCGUACUUGCCCAACAAGGUUAGGAAGAUUGGUAGGGUUGCGAGGGCAAUUGCCAUAAUGAGCCACCCAAUCCCAAACACCAAUGAUUCUCAUUCGGUGCAGGUUAUCCUGCCACAAAAGCAGUUGGGUCGUAAAUCAGACAUGUACCUUUUCUGUUGCUCUUAUUCUCACAACGUUGCUCCGAAGGGGAAAUUUAUUGCAUUUGUAUCAACAGAGGCGGAGACUGACCAUCCUGAGUCCGAACUUAAGCCAGGAAUCGACCUUCUAGGGCCUGUUGAUGAGAUAUUCUUCGACAUCUAUGACAGAUACGAACCAGUCAAUGAACCAACCUUGGACAGUUGCUUCAUAUCAACAAGUUAUGAUGCAACAACACACUUUGAGUCAACUGUCAUGGAUGUACUCAGCAUGUAUACUAUGAUAACUGGGAAGGUUCUUGACCUCACUGUGGAUUUGAGUGCCGCCAGUGCCGCAGAAGAGUGAGGGAUUGACGAACACCACUUUUGGUCGUGCUUUAUCCCAAGUUCCUCAUAGAUGGUGUUGAAGUUGCCAGUCGCAAAAGUGGCAUUGGGCUUGUCAUUUGUUUUCUCGUUCUGUCAUAGACAAUGUGAUAUGUGAUAAAAUGUUUUCUCAUCUAAGACAUGCACUUUUACGAUUGUAUAACUUAUUUUACAAUUUCAUUGCAUUACUUCCUUCCCCUUUUACCCA